UAUUGUGUGUAUCCAGAAGAGUGAGUGUGAUUGAGUGAAGUUUUUUUACCUUUUGAUAACUACCACAUGAUUUCAUGUCCCAUUUGGAUGGAUACAGAUCACCCUACAAUUAAAAUAAAAGUGCUUUCUUGGUUUUCCUCCUCCUCUCUUUUGUCUUCUUCUCACUUCUCUCUCCCUCCCAACAAAAAAAAAAAAGGAAAAACCAGAGAGAGGGAGAGAUUCAAAUUUUACACAACAGCACAACUUCUCAUUCAUCCAUUAAUAAUCUAAAGAUAUAAUCUUUCUGUCUCUUCUCACUAUAUAUAUUAUUAUAGUAGAAGAAAAAGUAACUAAUGAAUCUAUUUUCUCUCUUAAUACCCAUGUGGGUACUAAUCAUUACCAUUUUGUUCUCACUCAUUGUUGUUGAUGCAAGAAGACCAGAGUCUUCUCCUUAUUACAUUUCUCGUCAUGUUUUUCUUAAGGAGGAAGAACCCAUUUCUCAGUUUUCUUCAAUGGAGGAUGAAUCUUCAGCAGCAGCAAAACCUGAGGUUAGAGUAGUGCACCACCAUGAUUUGAACAAGAGAAUUCUUAUUGCUCUAAUUGUUUCUUCCACUUUCCUUGGUGGACUCUUGCUGUUUCUCUCUUGCUUUUGGAUUUAUAGACAUAGAAAGUUGAGAGACUCCAAUGGGAAGAGCCAAAAGGAAAAGGAAGAGGCUUCAAAAGGGUUAUCAUUGAGUUCAGCAAUGGUGGGGUUUAGCUCCUCAAGGAUGGGAAGUAGUAGGAAGGGUUCAGUGGCUAUUUUCGAUUAUCAAACGUUGGAAGCUGCAACUAACAAAUUUGGGAGAAGUAAUGUUUUGAGUGAGGGUGGUUCUGGAAUUGUUUACAAAGCUCUUUUAGAUGAAAAAGUUCUUGUUGCUGUGAAGAAAGUAGAUGUUACUACUACUGGAUCAGAUGCUGAAAGAAAAUUUAAUAAUGAGGUGAAAUGGCUGAGCAAAAUUUGGCACCAGAACAUUAUCAAACUUUUGGGAUAUUGCAUUCAUAACAAAACAAGGUUCCUUGUCUAUGAAAUGAUGCAAAAUGGAUCAUUAGAAACUCAAUUACAUGGGCCUACUCAAGGAUCAGCUCUAACUUGGCAUCUCAGGUUGAAAAUUGCUGUUGAUGUUGCCAGGGGACUGGAAUAUCUUCAUGAGAACUGUAAUCCUCCUGUGGUACAUAGAGAUCUACAAUUGUGUAACAUUCUUCUGGAUUAUAAUUUUAGUGCGAAGCUUUCCCAUUUUGGAAUUGCUGUAACUUCUGGGUUUGACAACAAGGACAACAUUGAAGUGUCAGAAACUUCAGCUUAUGUAGCUCCAGAGUACAUUUUGGAUGGAAAAUUAACUGAUAAAAGUGAUGUCUAUGCUUUUGGGGUUGUUCUUUUUGAGCUCCUCAUUGGAAGAAAGCUUGUUGAAUAUAAGAUACCAGAUCAGAACCAGUCUCUAGUGAAAAGGGCAAUGCCUCAGCUCACAGACAGAACAAGGCUUCCAAAUGUUGUGGAUCCUGCGAUAAAAGACACCAUGGAUUUAAAACACCUCUACCAGGUUGCUGCAGUGGCAGUUCUAUGUGUGCAACCAGAGCCAAGUUACCGGCCAUUGAUAACCGAUGUGCUGCAUUCGCUUAUUCCUCUUGUGCCUUUGGAGCUUGGAGGAUCUCUAAGAGUAACAGAGCCAAUCUCUGUCUGUUCCAACCCUUAUGAUCACUGAUUUGAAAAGAAAAAAACUUAAAUAUGUAUGUGUUUUCAUGUUCUAUUCCCACCACAGAAUAUAUUUAUAUAUAUAACAUAGUCUUAGUCAUUAGACAUUUUAUAGUUGGAUUCAGAUGCAGGCAGAAAAGAACAUUUAAAAAUUUAUACAAGAAGAUUUCUUUUUACUAUUAUUAGAGUUGUAAAUUGAACUAAAUUAAGUGAAGUUGAGCUCAGCAUCUUCAUA